CUGGGAGUCUAAAGAGGAAAAAGAGAGCGAGAGAAAUAAGACUUGCCAGUCCAGCAGUAACGUAAAUGCAUAUGCCUGAUACGUAUUUAUGCAGAUGCAACUGGUUUUGUUAUAACGAAAAAAGCGCGAUGUGAAUUAUAAUGCAUAUUUUUUUAAAAAAACAAAGAGAUGAGAAGUGGGCAUGUUGCUUAACUCUCUUUUGCAGAGAUUUUUGAUGAUGUUCUUUUUGGGUUUUUUGUAUAUAUAUAAUAUAUAUAUAUGGGAUUUGAAAAUGCAUUUUACAGCAGUGUUUACAAGUAGUUUGUGAUCUUGCAAUACUGGAACAAACCACUGUGCAAGAUACUAAUUUUGUUAAACGUUUUUUGUUUUUGUUUUUCUUUUUGUUUUGUUUCCCUUUUUUCGUCACCCAGUUGCAAUCACCCGUUUUUCUUCUUUUUCUGUUUUUGAUGCCCAUUGAUAAUGUGAAACUUUUGUUGCAGCUUGCUACAGUUGAUCAUUUUUUAAAAAACCCUCCCCAAUGCUGUAUUGAAAAAAGAGAGAGAGAGAGCCAAAGAUAAUUCCUUUACAAAACUUCACUUUUUAUAUUCUUUUAUACCAGUACGAUGAUGAUCAUAAUGUUGAUAGAUAUGCACAUAUAUACAAAUAAGUUUUCAAAUGAUGGCAGUGGAAGGUUUUCCUGGAGAAUGAAGUGCGGUUUGGUUUCCUUGUCAACGGAAGAUGAAGUGAACAACUGAACAUCUCCCCAGUGCAGGGCUGAAGUCAAGUGACCAAAUCAUGACCGGCAAAACACAGACCAGUAACGUCACCAAUAAGAAUGAUCCCAAAUCCAUCAACUCUAGAGUCUUCAUUGGCAAUCUCAACACAGCCAUUGUUAAAAAAAGUGAUAUAGAGGCAAUCUUUGCAAAGUAUGGAAAAAUAGUAGGCUGCUCUGUGCACAAAGGUUAUGCGUUUGUACAAUACAUGAGUGAGAGGCAUGCGAGGGCUGCUGUGGCAGGAGAAAAUGCCAGAAUCAUCGCAGGGCAGUCACUUGAUAUCAACAUGGCAGGAGAGCCAAAACCGUACAGACCUAAGCCAGGAAACAAGCGACCACUUUCAGCUCUCUACAGACUUGAAUCAAAGGAGCCUUUCCUGUCUGUUGGUGGUUAUGUUUUUGAUUAUGAUUACUACAGAGAUGAUUUCUACAAUCGGUUGUUUGAUUACCAUAGCCGUGUGCCUGCACCGCCUCGUGCUGUAAUUCCGUUAAAACGCCCACGUGUAACAGUUACAGCAACGCGCAGAGGAAAGGGGGUGUUUUCCAUGAAAGGAGGAUCAAGAUCUACAUCAAGUGGAACGUCGUCAUCAGGAUCAAAAUUGAAGUCAGACGAGUUGCAAAUAAUCAAGAAGGAAUUAACACAAAUCAAAACAAAAAUUGACUCUUUGCUAGGAAGGCUGGAGAAGAUUGAAAAGCAGCAGAAGGCUGAAGCAGAAGCCCAAAAGAAACAGAUAGAGGACUGUGCAGAGUUGAUCCAGGAGGAAUGCAUUUCAGAGAAUGCCGAUAACUCUACAGAAGAGCCUAUUGAAGGUGGACUGGAUGGGGAUGGAGAAGAGAUGACUGAUGGGAUUGAGGAAGAUUUUGAUGAAGAUGGAAGUAAUGAGCUGCUGCUUUUGAUGAGGCAAUCUGAAUGGAAAGACUGAUAUGGCUGAAAGGGCAAAGCCACCCCUGCACCAAAUCCGGGAACAGAUCCAAAACCAGCUCCCAGAGUUACUUUUUAACAAGGGGGAAAGACAUCAAGGAGAUCUAUUGGCACUCCUCCUGUGUUACAUUGAGUUAGAGUCACUGUCUCCUCUCAUUGUCUCAUCUUUAAAAUGCUUUCAGCUAAAAUAUGCUAUUUCUUUUGUAGUUUCUACAGAUCAAAUGAAUUCACAAUAACAUCCAGCUCUCUUCGAAACUGAGAAGAGAAUUCUCUGACUUCCCUGUGUGAAAUGUGACCUGCUGUUUCUUGCCGGCUGAGAACACGUUUGACUCAGUUUUUAUGAACAACUGAAUUUACUUUUUGAAAUGGACAUUGCCAUUCAAAACUUAGAAAUUCCAUUUCUUAUAUGUUCUAAAGCUGUACAACUGUCAGAUUUCUAUGGUUUAGAUUGUAAAUGUGUUUUCUCCUGGCUAAUUAUUGGUAUUAUUUUUUUAAUUUUGAUGUCAGAUAAGGCCAACUACUUGUAUGAUAAUAGGAAAGGCAUAUUUAAAACGAGGGAAACGCUGUAUACAUAUGUACAUUUGUAAAAGCUAUUUUUAUGAUUAGCAUGUUUUACGGUUCAUCAUAUUUAAAGUCAGGUGAUAUUGCACUUAAAUGUUUACAGCAUAAUGAAAUGAGAUUGUCAAAGAUUUAUGAUUGAACAUAUUGAAUAGUAUUUUAAUUAUUUGUAUUUAUAUUCCUGUUUUAAAGCAAAUGUGUUUCUUAGAUGGGAUUGUAAUGAAGGACAAAUAAUAUUCAUGACUGAGUUAUUUUUCAGUACAGCAUUACAUGAUAAUGGAUAUAAUUUCUGUAUGCCAGAUUCGUGCACAAUACAUGUACUAUUCAAAUCAA